UAAUGCCCGGUUAUGGAGCAGAAUGUGGAGGCCGUAUAGAAGUUGGACAAAGUUGGACGAAAAUUUCAAGUCCAAAUUACCCAGGGGAAUUUAGGGAAGGACAGGAAUGUUCGUGGCUGUUAGUUGCUCCUGUUGGACAGAGAGUACAAUUGCAAUUCUUUGGUGAAUUCGAAAUGUAUUGCAAGGUCCGCCAUUCUCUUUGCAUGGACUAUGUUGAAGUGAGGAACAGUACUGAUUUUGCUAAUACCGGAAUGCGUUAUUGCUGUUAUGGAACACCAACCUCCCCAGUACAUUCAGCCACAAACGAUUUACUUGUUCUCUUCCGUUCAUUCUAUCGUGGUGGACGUGGUUUCCAAGCAAAAGCUAAAGCAAUAAAUGCAUCAAGAAACGGGCAAUGGAGUGAGUGGGGGGAGUGGACAGAAUGCAGUGCUACUUGUGGUGGUUGUGGGUUGAAAAGAAGAAGUCGAAAGUGUUUUAAUGAAAUAAAUAAUACAAAAACAAAUAAUGAUGAAAAUGGACAAAAUUUCAAUGGAAAUGAAGACAAUGAAUUAAUUUGCUUGUUGGUUUUGCUGUGA